CUGAAGUUUAUCAUCCAUCAUAUUGAGGCAGAACCCAAAAAAUGCAUAUCUUAUGACCAAAAGAGGACGAUGAUGGAAAAUAGGAAUAAUUCCCUCCCAGGAACUUUGUAGCUGAAACAAAGAAUACCAUCAUAAAGAAGGAAAAUAAUGAGAAAUCACACAACAGUGACAGAGUUUAUUCUUCUCGGGUUGACAGAUGACCCACAGUGGCAGGUUGUACUUUUCAUAUUUCUUCUUGUUACCUACAUGCUCAGCGUGACUGGGAACCUGAUCAUUAUCACCCUCACCCUUACAGAUCAUCACCUGCAGAUUCCAAUGUAUUUCUUCCUUCGAAACUUCUCAUUCCUAGAAAUAUCAUUCACAUCUGUCUGCAUUCCCAGAUUCCUUGUCACUAUCAUGAUGAGGGACAGAACCAUUACCUACAACAGUUGUGUGACUCAGCUAUUUUUCUUUAUCUUCUUGGGGGUGACAGAGUUUUACCUUCUGGCUGCCAUGUCCUAUGACCGCUACGUGGCCAUCUGCAAACCUCUACAUUACAUGACCAUCAUGAGCAGCAGAGUGUGCUUCCUUCUCGUCUUUAGCUCAUGGCUUGCAGGAUUCUUGGUCAUCUUUCCACCAGUAAUGCUGCUGCUGAAGUUGGAUUUCUGUGACUCCAAUAUAAUCAAUCAUUUUAUCUGUGACUCUUCUCCAAUUCUACAGCUUUCUUGUACAAACACUCGCUUUCUAGAACUCAUGGCAUUUUUUUUAGCGGUGGUAACACUUAUGGUCACCUUAACACUAGUUAUUCUCUCUUACACAUACAUCAUCCGGACAAUUCUGAGAAUUCCUUCCAUGAGUCAAAGGAAAAAAGCCUUUUCCACUUGUUCCUCCCACAUGAUAGUGGUCUCCCUCUCCUAUGGUAGCUGUAUCUUCAUGUACAUUAAGCCUUCCGCAAGGGAAAGGGUGACUUUAAAUAAAGGAGUAGCUGUGCUUAAUACCUCAGUGGCUCCUCUCUUGAAUCCUUUCAUAUAUACACUAAGAAAUCAGCAGGUAAAGCAAGCCUUCAAAAACAUGGUACAGAGAAUGGUCUUCUCUUCAAAUAAAUGA